AUGGCUUUACCCAGUCAGGGCAUGGAUGGAUUCAAGGUCCUCAUAGCGGGCGGGAGCCUCGUGGGUCUUGGCCUGGCCCUCUGCUUCGAGCGAGCUGGUAUCGAUUACGAGAUUUUUGAAAAGGGAGAUUUUGCUCCGCAACUCGGGGCCUCGAUCGGACUUCAUCCGCAUACCAUACGGAUUUUACAACAAUUAGGGGUAUGGGAAGAUAUUGAAAAACAGGUCAUCCCUCUGCAGCACCGAAAGCAUUACUCCGGAGAUGGUUUCUGCUUUGAGAACUCACAUGUGUUAGUUGAUAUUGAACAAAUUCUCCAGCGUCCUAUUAUUUUCAUGGAGAGAUGUCAGGCGUUAGAAGUUCUGCAUAGCCAUGUGAAAGAUAAAUCCAAGCUGCAUCCUCAAACUGCUGUCGUUGGGUACGAGGAAACCGUGCAGGGAGUUAUACUGACCACUGAAGAUGGCGAGCAACACCACGGCCACAUUCUGAUUGGCGCGGAUGGAAUCCACAGCAAAGUGCGAAAGUUGAUGGCCGAUAAAAUUGGGGAGACGGACAAGAUUCUCGCCAAGGAGAUCAACGAAGCCUUUACCAGUGAGUAUAACUGCAUUUUCUCUGUUUCUCGAAACGAUCCUGAGAACCAAUUUCUACCCGACGCGAUGGUGCACAACGUGUAUUACGAUGGAUACUCUGCUAUUGCCGCCGCCGGCGUGCAUGGUCUUGUGUUUUGGUUUCUUUUCGUCAAGAAUUCAGAGCUCACAAAAACCCCCAACUGCCCACGCUUCACGGAUGAGGACGCAGAGGCAUAUAUCCAGAAGUAUGGAAGCUCUCUCGUAGGUCCGGGUUACACCGUGAAAGAUCUAUGGGAUGCCCGAGUCAAGGCUACCAUGGUAUCCUUGGAGGAGGGCAUAAUCAAACAAUGGAGUCAUAGCCGAGUCCUCCUGAUGGGAGAUUCAGUUCACAAGGCUACGGUCAACCCUGGAUUGGGUGGCAAUUUAGCCUAUGAGGGCAUUGCGCGCUUCACCAAUGGCCUGGUUCCUUUGCUUGAAGAGUCUCCUACGCCAUCCCUCGAACAAUUGACCGAAGUUUUCGAUCGGUAUAUUACCGGCCAGAAGCCCCGAGCAGAAACAGUCGUGGGUCUUUCCGGUCAUAUUACACGCUACGAGGCCCAAGACACAUGGAUUCUCAAACUUGCCGCUCGUCACAUUGUUCCCAGGGUUGGUGACAGUCUCAAGGCUAGAUUCUACGCCAGUUUCUCUAAAGGAGGUCCUUGGUUAGAAUAUCUACCGUUGCCUAUCGAAGAUGUAGACCUAGCAAAAGGCGCCACAAACCCUGGCGGAAGCACAGCUGGCAAGUUGAUUGUAGGAACACUCAUUGUGGGAGCCGCCGCUAUCAUCUGGCAGACAUGUCGAGGACCUUUGGUCUCUCUCUAG